AUGCUGCCAUCAGGCACUCAAGGGGGCGGUAUUCGGAAGCGCGACCGCUACAUCGCAUACGCGUGUAACCGCUGUCGAGCAGCCAAAGUGCGCUGCAAUGGAAAGCAGCCGUGCUCAUACUGCGUUGCAAGAGAUCCAGCAUCUUGCCACUAUCGAAAUCCGCGUACCAUACAUGGCUUUGAUCAACAAAAUCAGCAACAGUUCCAAAUAAAGCAUUCAGAUUACGAGAGUAUCAAGAUGCUGCUACAACGACAGAACGACAAACUUGACGCAAUACUCAAGCGCGUCUCUAACGUAGACGCUGCCAAAAGAUUGCAACCGCAUGAUGUGAAAACACCUUCAAGCAAUGCGUCAUUGGAUUGCGAAGAACCACUUCCGGUCAUUCAAAGCUCGACAAGUGCAUUAUUCUGCAUUCACAUUGUUGAUGACAGUCUCAAGGCAUUUGAAGAGCCAGUCCUAGGAACCCCGCCACUUGAAGACUGCAAGCCAUCUUUAACACCAUCUUUCUCCAUUUUGCAUGGCCAGAUUGUCAACAAGAUUGCAGCUGAUAUUGGAGAAUGGGGUGAUGCAGAAACAAGUGUACAUUCGUCCAAUUCUGUUAACACGACUCAUGGUCUAUCUAUGCAUCCGCUAGAUAAGCUGGACAAUGCGGAGCUUAUUCGGUUGAUUCAGAAAUAUAAUGACGUGGCCGGAAUGAUCCGACUUGGAGGACUAAGGGCAGAGAUUAAUGGAAAUGGAUCUCUCCCUCUAAAGCGAAGCGAAAUAGUCAUUCUUCAGAUGAUGACUGCUAUUGCUCUAACGGCUGAAAACGAAAAUGGAUCUGAUUUGAUCCAAAACAUUCACGACGACGUGUUACCGGAUGCCCAACACAUAGUCUGGAAUACAAACACAGAUCUCUACGGCUUGAUUUUGCUAGUACUCAUGAGCAUCUAUUAUUACCACUCUCAUAAAUGGCGCCUCGCGUGGCGUUUCUUGGGCAACGUAGCACGAGUCGUCGUUGAGCUCGGCCUCAAUAGACAAAUGGUCCUUGAUAGAUCAUUUCCUAGCAUAGAGGCACGUACACAAGCAAUCAACAUUAUAUGGUCUAUUUUUGUCUUGGAGCAACAACUAAGGCAUGCUUUGGGACUUUCCACCAUGACGCAGGACCUAGCUCUGGACUCGACGUUCCCUAAACCAGUCAAUGCACCUUAUUUAGAUGCGAUGGUUCAGUAUCUCAGAAUUGCCAGCUCCACAAGCGCAAUAACUUUCGGCAGGCACAGUAUGCAGUUAACGCCCGAGGAGUUCCAAGAACUUUACAGCUAUUUCCAAUAUCGUCUCAGCGAGUGGUACAAAAACAUUGACUGUGAAUUCCAGCUCGAAGCCGAAGGCGAGAGAAUUGAGCAAUGGAAUCGCUUUCUUGGUAUCACGCUUCGCCUAAGAGCACAUACACUUCAAAUUGGUGUCGCAAGGUUCAUUCUCUUCGGGAAAGGAGUUAUAGGAAUGCCAUCUGCGGAUAUCUGGUCCACAUGCGUUGAUGCAGCGACCUCCAUAGCAUCUAGUUUAGCUGCUAUAGAUGCCGACCAGCCGCAAUUCCAAUCUGCGAGGCCAGAGUCCAAUUACUUCCUCAUCUCUGGCCUGGGGAUUUUGCUGCUAGCUAUUUCUCAAAACGCAAUGCUUCCAGUAGCACAGCGCCCAUUAUCUCCCGAGACACUUCAAACAGCUCAACAAAGCGCUAUCCUAUAUCUUAAUCUCUUACACAGGCGUGCAACUUUUUCUCACCCGUCUAAACACCUUUGGGAAAGAGUUCAGAGCCUCGCUGUGCGCUUGAACCUCUUGAGUGGUCCGAUCAUCUCAAACCAAGAUGUGGUGGCAGGACAGCCAGAGACUAUAAAUGAGAUAGAAGAUAUCAAUUCGCUACCACUAAUGCCGGAGCUAAAUUUAGCGAGCUUUCCAUCUACUGCGGAUUUCGGCUCCUCUGACUUAGGCGCAACAGCCAACAUACCUGACAUACCAAGAAACCAUAAUCCACAAUUUGCUAUGGGUUUUGACUCCGUUGACAUGAUCAAUGAACUGAUGGCGGGCUUUGAAUAG